CCGCGUUGUUAACACAUUUAAUUUACGGCUACUCAAACCGUUAGAAAAUAAAUUUCAAAUAAAAAAAACACAAAAAAAUUAUUAAACGGAAAUUAUUUUUAAAAAUUAAAAAAUUGUAAUUUUUUUUCUAAAAAAAAUUAAAGAAAUUUAUAUAAAAAAAUUAAUAAAAUUAAAAAAAAAUUUUAUAUUUUAUAAAAGUUUAAUGUAACAUUUAGGCCGAUUUAAGUUGUUUCAAAAAAAAACUUUUUAACAAACAAUUUUCCUGUUUUUCAUUUUGUUUUUUAAAUUUUGUCGUGCAACAAAAACAUAUCAUAUUCAAAGGUGCUAAACUUUAAGUUUUUGCGGUGAAAUUAAAGAAAUUUUUUUGAAAAUUUCUUAAAAAGUAUACUUUUAACAAAAUACAGUUUUGAUAAAAACGGCGGUGCUGUCAUAUACAAACAGAAAUAAAGUGUGUGUGUCUUUAGAAAAAGAAUUUAAGAUUUGCUCUAAACUUUUGCCGUUGGCGUAUGAGUUUUAAGUUACCCUAGACGUAUGAGUGUUAUAAAUAAAGGAUAUUUAUUAAGAAAUCUCUAAAACAAAAGGGUUUUUCUUUAAAAUACAAACAAUUUUUUAAAUAAACUUUAAAAUAUUUAUAGCUGUAAUUGCAUUACGUUCAAUUUAAGGACUUUUUUUUAAAUAAUUUUUAAAUUAACAUUUAUACUACUGUUCAUACAAAAACAAACAAAUGAGCGAAAAUUGUGUUAAAAUACUGAAAUUGUACUAAAUAUUUACAGUGCGUAUGAGUAAUAUUAAUUGUUUAUACAUUUUCCACACUGAGCGUAUGAGUAAUAAUGAAAGCAGACAGUUAUCUUAAGGAAAUCCUUAUUUAACCAUUAGUUUAUGUGAAAAACAAACUUUUAAGAAAAAUUUUCAUAAAUAUUGAAAUAAAAAAAACACACUGCGUAUGAUUAAUAUACAGUGCGUAUGAGUAAUAACAAAAAUUGUUAGAAAUUUAAACAGAAUUCUUAAGAAAGUCUUUAUUUUACUAAAGUUUAUGUAAAAAACUAACUUUUUAAAAAAAUAACAAAACGUAUGAUUAAUAUAAAUUGUGUACAGUGCGUAUGAGUAAUAAAGAAAGCUGGAAGAAAUGUGCACCUAAUGAAGAAAUUUGCUUAAGAAAAACUUUAAGUUAAAAACAAUAAACUUUUGUUAAAAAAAACAGAUAUUUAAAAAGGAUGUUCGCUAGAGCGUAUGAGUGUUAAACAAUAAAAAUAUAUUUAAAAAACUACAAGGCGUAUGAGUGUUAAAGUAAUAAAACAACUGUAUUAAAUGUCAAAAAAAAAACUAUAAUUUUUGAAAAUUUCAUUAAAAAUCUAUAAAAAUCAAGAAAUUUCAAACUUUUUAAAGUAAAACAAAAAAAGAAAAUCUAAACACUUUUAUAAAACUAUUUAAAGCGUAACUGUAACUGGACUAGCCAAAGUAUAAGUGUUGAAAAUUUAAUUUAUUUAAACAAAAAACACUGGAACUAAAUAAUUACAAAGUAAAACGCCCCACAGUGCCUAUAAACCAACAGAAACACAAAACUAAAAAAAAAAAGAUUUUAUGAACAUUACAACAAAAAAAUGUAUAAAAAUUUUAAAUUUUUAAAUAUAAAAACUUCUCGCAACUUUAAAAAGUCCAAUAUAUUACAAUUAACUUAAAAAUUUAAGAAAAACUAAAGAAUAAAAACUUUCUACUACAAAAAUUUAACAAACGUCCUUGUGCCUGUGUUUUACUCACUUUUCUCCACCCACAAAUGUGAAAGUGAAUGAGAAUAGAAUAGAAAAUUGUAUAACGUAAAUGAUGCUCUCGUUAAGUAUUACGUCGUAAUGCUGACGUCGUUGUUAAAGUGAAAAGAAAAAAAUGUAUACUUUUAAAUCCUAAAUACAAGAAAAUUUAAAAAAGUACCUUUUUUUAAAGAAACAGAAAAAAGUGUUAACAAAAAACAAGAUUUAAACCAAGAAAUUUUCUUUAAAAAAAAUUAGAAAUUUUCUACAACACAAUCAAGGGAAAAAAGCGGCGUGCUGGAGCUGGAGAAUUAUAUAACGCGCCUGAGGGUUUUGAAACCUUCCACAGGUGUUUAUUAAGUGUUAAAUGUUGUAAAUGUUUUGUUGUUUUAGUUAUAUGUAUAUAUUUUGUUAUUUAAAUCAUACUUUUUUUUCGCCAAAAACCUCAACAAACCACCUAAAGUUAUAAAGAAAAUGUUUAUACUAUUUUACUUAAACGUUCUGAAGAUUUAAACAUAAAAUGCGUAAUCGUUUGGCCUCCUUGAUAGUGGUGAAACAAGAGCCCUCCAACUCUUUAGGUAAUCCAGCAAAUACUUUAAAUUCCUCCCAUACAUCAGCGUCUAUACCCUCGUCUCCUACUUUUGAAAUUAAUAAUAAUCAAAUAUUUAAUGAUAAUACCCAUGUGGCCAUAAAAACAGAAUUAAAUGCCUAUGAGAUAAAUAAUAAUCAUAUACAAUUAAGUGAUAGUUACAAUUUUAAUACUUAUCAGCAGCAUUCACAACAGCAGCAACAACAACAACAACAGUCUCAGCAGCUGCCCUUACACCUUAAACAAGCACACAACAAUCAUUUGUAUCAUCUACACUCUCAUACGCCACAACAACAACACCAGCAACAUCAGCAAAUUGUACCUACUUCUCCCGCUACUACUACUACUACCACCGCCAACUCAGCAAAUUUAAUUUAUCCCUGUCGUAAUUUAUUUCCUGAUGGUUGUGAUAUAUCUCAUCAUCAUCAUUUGAAUUGUUCUAAUUUUUCUAAUUUGAAUUCAAAUCUAAAUGAAUCGACCACUUUAUUGUAUAAUUCUCAUAGUGAUAAAUUUAUUUUGAAAUCGGAACCUUUAUCAUAUGAACCGCCACAUCAACACAAUCAUCACCAGCAACAGCUGCAAAACUUACAUCACACUUCUCAAGAGCAGCGCUCUUCUUUGGAGUCGCAUUCUUCCUUGUCUAUAGACAAUCAAUGGUGUUUAACAAAUUUAUCUGGUAGAAAACAUUAUAAUAGUUUUCAUAACUCUACAUCACCGGAUUACACUAGUUGUCAGAAAAAUAGCCAUAACAACAAUAACAACAACAGUGCAGCAUUUAACACCAACGCCAAUUUACAAGAAGAACGUGCAACAGCAACGUUACCAACACCCACAACAACAACUACAGCUAAUACAACACCACCGAAGAUCUCAACAAUAAUAACAACAACUACAAAAACAACAGCGACAACAACAACAACAAGCAACCAACAAACAUUUAAUAAUAAAAGUAACAGCAAUAGCAUCAAUAAUAUUAGUGGAAAUACUAAAUUGCUUAAAAUUAAAACUGAAAUAACAACAGCAAUAGAACCAGAAUCAGAAGAGACCCAGUCACAAUCAAUUGUUGCCACUAAAACAACAAACAAUCGAACUACUGUAUCAUCUGCUAAUUCAAUAACAAAAACAUCUAUAGCUGUAACUACAACAACAGCAGCUGCUGGAGCAACAUCAUUAGCAUCAUCAACAUUAAGUAGUACAACAGCAAAUCGUCUAACAAGCAAUAAUCAACAGCAGCAAAAUCAACAUCACAAGACACGGUCAACAAACGCUACAACAAGCAUGUUACUAUUGCAACCAAAUAACACUUUCGGUACUCUUUCUCCGUUUGAUAAUUUUUCCACACAAUCGAACUCUCAACAAAACCAAACUCAAGCGUCACAACAUCAUCCUCACCAUCACCAUCAUCAACACCACAACAAUCCUUUACAAACUCAAAGUGGUGGACACCAGCAUCAUCAUCAUCACCACCAUCAUCAUAACGUGACGUCGAAUAGCGGUAAUCAUCAUAUAUUAUCGGUGGCUUCAGAGGAUCAUUUAAUUGGUAACUUAACGGAUACCACCACUUCAGAGCAUUCGGAGUUAAUUGAUCAUACCUUUAAUCAAUUGUCAGAUUUAUUUUUCCCUACCGAUUCCAAUCAAUCUUUACUCUCACCUACUAUUGAUCAAAAUCCCUCACGGGAUACAGAGACAUCUGCGCAUCAUCAUCAUCACAAUCAGCUGCAAGAUUUACAUUCUUCCUGUGAGACUUUGGUGGGUUCCAGUGAGGAUAUUACCAGCUCUAUUGAGAACCUUACAAAAUUAACCUGCCUUCGUGAAAAAAGACUUUCCUCGAUACCCGAACAGCAUACCGCUACUACACCCAACUCAGAACAAGAUCACUCUUCGUUGUGUUUUGAUCGUUCUACACCUCAAGAGAUUGGUCUUCUCAGUUUAAGGUCCAGCAGUGAUCCGGCCAUAGCUUUACAUACUCUACAAGAAAGACAAGCUUUACAACAACAGCAGCAACAACAAUCCGGCCAUCAUAUUGGUCAUUCACGUUCAGGUGGAGAUCCUCUUUUAUCGCCCCUGGGUGGACCACUCUCACUACCCAGUUUUCAAGAAACCUACUCUCUUAAAUACGGUACAUCAUCUUCUACUUCAGAUUCCUUAACUACGGAACUAACUAUUAAAAUGGAUGAAGAUUGUUAUCCAUUGUCUACUUCCACAGAGGCUAUAGGUGGUCCGGCAUUAAAUCAACACACCACCUCCAACAACACUAAUACAUCCGUCAGCUCUCAUCAUCAGGCAACUCAUACACAACAUCACCAGCAGCACGCUCAUUUACAUUCACAGCUGCAGAAUCAACAUAAUUUAGCUGGGAGUCAUCAGCAUCUCCACAGUCAGCCACCGCAGACAACUAGUAAUUUUAGUUAUCAUGGACAUUUUAAUGCCACAACGACUCCAGCUUCAUCAAGUUCUUCGGCUUCCUCGUAUGAGUUUAAUAACGGUUCCAGUUCGGGCAAUGAAAAUGUACAGAAUUUCAAUACAUCCACAGGGGGAGAAAGUUUCUAUCAGCAAUAUCAGCUAACGUCGCAACCGAAUAACUAUCAAUCUUCGGCAGCUGAACGUUAUAGUUUACCCACAUUUCCCACCAUGUCCGAACUGGAAGCAGCCUCGGCAGCUGCUUCUACGGUAGCCUUGGCUCCACUCCGUAGAGCCUCAUUGCCCGUCAAUCGUUCGGAAUCGCCCAUCAGUCAUAGUCCGAAACUUCCUAAGCUGAUAAUCGGUAGCGGUAGUAGUUCAUCACUACAUCUCAAGCAUCACACACAUUCGCAACUAUCGAGCGCACCAAGCUCAGCCUCCAAUUCGCCCAGUGUGCGACAGCAAACAUCGACUCCCAUACUGCAUCACAUAACACAAACCACAGACUUGCUCAAUGGCCGUGUAAUACCAACGCCACCCUCUCAAUUGUGUGCGGUAUGUGGUGAUACGGCAGCAUGCCAACACUACGGCGUACGAACAUGUGAAGGCUGUAAGGGAUUUUUCAAACGUACCGUCCAAAAAGGUUCCAAAUACGUCUGCUUGGCCGAUAAAAAUUGUCCAGUCGACAAGAGACGACGCAAUCGUUGUCAAUUCUGUCGUUUUCAAAAAUGUUUAGCCGUCGGCAUGGUCAAGGAGGUGGUGCGAACCGAUUCUCUAAAAGGUCGACGAGGACGUUUGCCUUCCAAACCCAAAUCACCACAAGAAUCACCACCAUCCCCACCUGUCUCUCUUAUAACCGCUUUAGUACGUUCUCAUGUUGAUACCACACCUGAUCCCUCCUGUCUCGACUACUCCCAAUAUCGUGAACCUUCACAAGCCGCCUCACCUGUCGUCAUGAGUGAAGCCGAAAAGGUUCAACAGUUCUAUAAUCUUCUAACGACUUCGGUUGAUGUUAUUAAACAAUUUGCCGAAAAAAUACCCGGCUAUUCAGAUCUAACGGCUGAAGAUCAAGAGUUACUUUUGCAAUCGGCCUCUUUGGAAUUAUUCGUUUUGCGUUUGUCUUAUCGGGCACGUGUCGAUGAUACCAAAAUGACUUUCUGCAAUGGCAUCGUUUUGCAUCGGAGCCAGUGUCAACGUUCGUUUGGUGAUUGGUUGAAUGGUAUUUUAGAGUUUAGCAAAAGUUUACAUAAUCUGGAGAUUGACAUAUCGGCGUUCGCAUGUCUGUGUGCGUUGACACUUGUUACAGAACGUCAUGGCCUAAGAGAACCGAAAAAAGUCGAACAACUACAAAUGAAAAUCAUAGGUAGUCUACGAGAUCAUGUAACCUACAAUGCCGAAGCACAAAAGAAACCACACUAUUUCAGUCGGCUACUAGGUAAAUUACCCGAACUAAGAUCAUUAAGUGUACAAGGUUUACAGAGAAUAUUCUACUUGAAAUUAGAGGAUCUAGUGCCAGCGCCCGCCUUAAUUGAAAACAUGUUUGUGGCCAGUUUGCCAUUUUAAGAAGCCCCCUAAAUUCCUCUGAUAAAAAUAAAGGACACAAAAAGUUAUUAUAUGUAAAAAAUAAAACGUAUUUAAGUUAAUCAAUUAGGAAACCUAUUGAAAAAUUGUAAAAUUUAUUUAAGUGUAAAUAGUAAUAGUAAUUAAAAUGUAUAUGCAUUAAGUACUAACAUAUUUUAUUUAUAUGUAUUUCAAUAUAUAUAAGAAAAUAUUUAUAAUAUAUAAUUUUUUAAAAAUCCGUUUUACCCUUAAUUGCAAAUAUUGUUUCCUUUCUUUAAAGUUUUUAAACAGCCUUACGUGACUUGUGUUUUUUUUUUUCCUUUCAAUUUAAUAUGUAUUUGAAAUUGUAGACAUUAAUUGAAAAAUUAGCAAUAGUUUAAGUUGUCAAAAACUAUUUUCAAUUGUUAUAAAACGUCGAUAACCGAUAAAACAACCCUCAAACCGCUUUCCCUCAAACAACCGCAUAUAAAACGAAAAAGGAUAAGACAAUAAACACAAUAAGGCUUCUCGAUAACAACUACUAUGAGAUAAUUUAAAAUAAAAUACCACAAAGCACUACAUUUUCAUAUACUUUUUCCUGAGUAGUUCGCCAUUAUUGUGUUUAGGCUUUUUUAUGAAUUUUCCUAAACAA